CUGAGAAGCAGGCUGGUGAUGCCCAGCAAAUGGAUGCUGAAAGAACAUCCACGACCGGCGGGAGUGUCCCUGCAAGGCGAGUUCCAGAGGAAGCUCUACAAGGACCUGGUCAAGAACUACAACCCUUUGGAGAGGCCCGUGGCCAACGACUCGCAGCCGCUCACCGUCUACUUUUCUCUGAGCCUUCUGCAGAUCAUGGACGUGGAUGAGAAGAACCAAGUGUUGACCACCAACAUUUGGCUGCAAAUGUCUUGGAUGGAUCACUAUUUACAGUGGAAUAUGUCAGAGUAUCCAGGCGUGAAGACGGUUCGUUUCCCAGAUGGCCAGAUUUGGAAGCCAGACAUUCUCCUCUACAACAGUGCUGAUGAGCGGUUUGACGCCACGUUCCACACCAACGUGUUAGUGAAUUCUUCUGGGUACUGCCAGUACCUCCCUCCAGGCAUCUUCAAGAGCUCCUGCUACAUUGAUGUGCGAUGGUUCCCCUUUGACGUGCAGCAGUGCAAACUGAAGUUUGGGUCCUGGUCUUAUGGAGGGUGGUCCUUGGAUCUGCAGAUGCAGGAGGCAGACAUCAGCGGCUAUAUCCCAAAUGGAGAAUGGGACCUUGUGGGGAUCCCUGGCAAGCGGAGUGAGAAGUUCUAUGAGUGCUGCAAAGAGCCGUACCCGGAUGUGACCUUCACUGUCACCAUCCGCCGCAGGACCCUCUACUAUGGCCUCAACCUUCUCAUCCCCUGUGUGCUCAUCUCUGCCCUGGCCCUCCUCGUGUUCUUGCUCCCUGCAGACUCUGGGGAGAAAAUCUCCCUGGGGAUCACAGUUUUACUCUCUCUUACCGUCUUCAUGCUGCUGGUGGCUGAGAUCAUGCCUGCUACCUCUGACUCAGUGCCCUUGAUAGCCCAGUACUUCGCUAGCACCAUGAUCAUCGUGGGCCUCUCCGUGGUCGUCACAGUGAUCGUGCUACAGUACCACCACCACGACCCCGACGGUGGCAAGAUGCCCAAGUGGACGAGAGUCAUCCUCCUGAACUGGUGUGCCUGGUUCCUGCGCAUGAAGAGACCGGGGGAGGACAAGGUGCGGCCGGCCUGCCAGCACAAGCAGCGCCGCUGCAGCCUGGCCAGCGUGGAGAUGAGCGCCGUGGCGGGGCCGCCGGCUACCAACGGCAACCUGCUGUACAUCGGCUUCCGUGGCCUGGACAGCGUGCACUGCACGCCCACCCCUGACUCGGGGGUCGUGUGCGGCCGCGUGGCCUGCUCGCCCACGCACGACGAGCACCUGCUGCACUGCGGCCAGCCCUCGGAGGGGGACCCGGACCUGGCCAGGAUUCUGGAGGAGGUACGCUACAUCGCCCACCGCUUCCGCUGCCAGGACGAGAGUGAGGCCGUGUGCAGCGAGUGGAAGUUCGCGGCCUGUGUGGUGGACCGCCUGUGCCUCAUGGCCUUCUCGGUCUUCACCAUCCUCUGCACCAUCGGCAUCCUGAUGUCGGCGCCCAACUUCGUCGAGGCUGUGUCCAAAGACUUCGCUUGACUCCGUCCUGGCUCCCAGCAUGUAGGAAACGCAGAGAUGGGCGAUGACGUUGGCUUAGGGAGAACUUUGGGGUGCUGAUUCCACAGCACCGUUAAACCCGAGGACGCAGAUAUACCCUAUCUCUGUCAUGUCGGUUUCAGUUUACUUGUUACUUUCAGUAAUAGGAUCUCAGCACGUUUCUGUUUAACCCUCUUUGAUGGGCCACUCGAUAUCCUCCGAGCAUCCUUAUAGUCAGCAGGACCCUGGAGAGGUCGUUUUGCCCAUUCUCCACUGCCUGGUGUGCCCUUCAAAGAGGUUCGGGUAGCUCAGGACUGACUGCCAGGUGAGGCCUGGGUAGCUGGUCUGCAUGCCUGCAUGUCACUUGCUGUGAGGGCUUACAUGAAAAUUCAUAUCUGCUUUGCCUGUGUACAAAUCUAGAUUGAAGCUAAUCGUCAUAAUAAAUUACACUCAGUAAAUCCAUCAGAUAAUUGACUGAUGAAACAAAACUAAACUAAAACUUAAAACCCAACUGCUUGGUUUUUCUUCAAUUCAGACUUUAAUUUUCUCUACCAAAGACAGUUGGUAGAGAGAAACAGUUUUAUGCUGUGUCUACAUUUUUAAAAAGAGACAGUAAUAGUUCAUCUUGUAAAUUACUCUUUUUUGCCAGCCUACCCUGUGAGGGGAACCAGGAGGGACACAGGUGUGUGUUCAUUCUGAACCAGGACCAGACCCAGUCAAGUUAAGGGGAUUUCUGUAGAUCCCAGGCACUCCCAAGCUUUCUGUGCUGCUCCCAGACACUGGCAGGUUGAGUCGGGCUGUUCUAGUCGACAAAGCCCAAAGGACAAGUAGAAUUCUAUUAGAAUUACCACCCAAUGUAAUAAUAGCUGAAGCUGAUUUAAACCAUCUAUGUGUUUGUUUUUUUUAAUGUAAGUAAUAGCUGAAGCUAAAUUAAACCAUAUGUGUUUUUUUUAAAAAUAAUGCAUUAGACACUUCACGUGUAUUGGAGUUGACUAGCCUUACAAAUUUGUGGACCCAUACAAAUGCACAACAUGAAGUCACCAAAGUAUUCUAUGCCUUUUCUCCAUGUGUCAGGGCCAAGGGGCAGGGGUUUGGGCCUCUUCUGGCUCCCUCUGUGGCAGGAACUGGGGAGGGGGUGGCAUGGCUGAUGGCUUUCCUGAAUGGCCGGCCAGUGGUGGUUAGCAGGAGGGGCUUACAGACUAACAGUGGCUGCACACCCAGUAAUUCCAGUUUCUGGUUUGGGGGGGGAUCUGCUUUCCCACAGUUCACACACACAGCUUCAGCCCAGAGAGCUGGCUGAAUGGGUGGAUUCACCGGAGGUGUGUGCUUUGAAAGCUUGGGAAACUUUUAUUUUAAAUCCAGGUGGUGAUGCAGUUCUCCACUUAGAUUGUCUAGCUGACAAUCAUCCCUUUGCUUCUCCCAUCCUUACUGUUUAAUGUGAUCAGAGGAAGACAUAAGACAAUCUCUCCUGUUCUGUUGUUUCAUCUAGUAACUCUCAGAGCUCAAAACUGCAGAAGGUGUCUGAGCUCCUGGGGAUCUUUAAUUUGCUUCUAACCCCUGAAAUGGAUACAUCAUGAGGGAAGAUUUGAUUUUCAGAGCAAAAGAAAUGGCAUGCACUUCUUCAGCCAUUUAUUUCGCUCAUUUCUGGGUGGAUCUGUGUGCACUGAAGAAGACGGAGGCUUGUGUAUGGUGUGUGUGUAUGUGUGUGAGAACACGUGUGUGUGAGCACCUUCAGAAAAGGCCCCUGGUUUACAGCAAGAAGGCUGAUAAAUAAGGGCAUUCCAGCAACAUACCAUUUGGAGCAGGGUCAUCCUCAGAGUACACUCAUUCUAUGUG